AUGCAUACACCCUCGACGUCUUGGGCCGAGCAGCCCGUUCCCGGGGCAUCCAAGGACGCCACCAAGAACGCCAAAGUUGACGCCAAAUUGACGAGGAGCAAACCCGGAGCACCGUCGCGCGCGGCACGGAAGGCUAAGCCCCGCAACAAAGCGUCCGCAGCUAUUGCGGCAGCAACGACCCCAGCCGACGACGACCAAGCCGGCAUCAUCUAUCCCGCGGAGGACGCCAAGCUCGAGAAUAUCGUGGCCAUCCUCGACAACAACCAGGCCACGUACAAGGUGCACUGGAUGGACCACAGAGACCGUGUGGGCCGCCGGGAUGGCACCAAAUACAUCAACCUAAUAUGGUUUAAUUUGGUGACUCAAGACACCAUGGCCCAACUAUUGGCGUCCUGCGAUGUGCUGAUCGAUAAGUCCGAUGUGCAGCGUGCUUUUUUCUACAACGAGGAAGACAGGCGUUUGAUAGAACAAGGCGUCGAAGAUCUCGUGGAAGGCCGUGGCUGGUUUCGGCAAGAGGAGUACGAUAGUGACAUUUAA